AACAUGCAUUUGUAGAAAAUCGUUGACAACUGAAAAAUCUGAAAUCGCUCUUCUGGUCUAUAUUACAUUUAGAUCUAGUUUUCUUGCCAAAAGAUUGAUUUUCUCAUUACGAGAAUCUUCAUCGACAAGCCGCACCGCCAUGAUUCAUUAUUUGACGUCAUCAGUUCUUGUGUUGAUACAAAUUACAACAAUUGGAUGUCAUGUGCAUCAGUUUCCGGUUCAUAUCGGUGCCGAAGGUCACAUAGUUCAAGGCCGGAUCUCAGCAGACUCUCCGCCAGGUAGUUUAGUUCCGUCUAAUGUGAUCGUGGAAGGAGAGAAUGACGCAGACACCAGGAUACACCUCAGAGUGGAGAUUAGAGACAGCACAUACACGAGACCCCAUGUGUACCAUCCUGACAUUAAGAUCAACACAAGUGACCCUGCCAACCCCCAGUUCCAGCAUCCUGUCAUUCAGUUCGUCAACGGCACUCUGCCGUACGGCAUGGAGUUUGUCGUCAUCCACACGAAAGCCUUUUACGUCAAUGAAGACAGAUACAUCUGCGUCAACGACCUGUCCAACCUAGGGGGAGAGAGUAGAAUUCAUUUUGAUGUAACAAACCAAACGACAAGAGUUUUAUUUGAAGUCAUACUCAAAGAUAAGCUGGCCGAAACACACUACGUCAGCAACCAGCUUCCGUUUGUGGUGGAAAUCGAGUACCCGGUGAGGGAGUCACACCCCAAGGCAGCCCUCUUCGCCGGGGUGCUUGUUCUCAUUAUCUUAGCCGUCUCCCUGCUCAUCCCAUUUGUAGUCCGCUCCAAGAGGCGUUGGAAGGCCGGAAAGCCCAUCUGCGCCUGCGGGUCUGCCGAGGAAGGAUGUGAUAACGACAGUAGUGCUGAACAGCCCAUGAAGACCGAGCACCACAGUGAACACAGCCAACAGGAGCCCAUCGCCCAGAAGAGGUUCCUCGAAAAGCUGGAGGCCCCCCACCCCGCACAUCCGACUCCCAUGUCGGACAUGGAGACGUUGCGCCAGGGCCUGAACAACGUCACGCUGAUCCAUCCAAAGAAGCAAAGAGGCAUUAUGCCAGAACCAAGAACCCAGCGCAUGAUGUCCAUUGGAGGAAAAGAGAACCUGGCUAUGAUCUUGGAUAAUGGGAGGAUACUAGGUCACAGACCUAGCGUAGACCAGAGUAUGACCAUACAGAAUCGAAUGCUGAGGUCGACAUCAAGCAUGCUGUUCCAGCCACACUGGAUGGACCCCCACUACAACGACGUCUACGACCGCCCAGACUUCCAGCGGGUCCUCGCUGCCCAGAUGAGACCACCCGGGUCCCCGCAGGACAGCGACGCCCCUAGCACGGCCAACAGCACCACUUACCUGUACCCGCCUAAAUUCAACCAGACCCCUGCGUCCAGGACAAUGAGCGGUGAGUCCCAAAACGCCAAGCCCGCCGUCUCCCCGCUGUCAGCCAAUGGCGUGGUGAGGUCAGCCAACGGCGACGUACACGCAACGAAGACGGCGACAAACGAAGGCGACGCCGCUGGAGACGAGGCUUCAGGGGGUACACCCGAGUCAAACAUUAUCAGCGAUGAAAAAUUAUGAUCCCUAAAUAGAGUUAUCCUUUCUUAAUUUUAAGAAAAAAACAUUAUUUAAGUGAGAUUUUUAAAUCAAACAUUUGAUGCGGUCAAUGCGACUGCCUUUACAUUUUGAUACAUUAUGUGAUAACAGGAAAAAACAAAUGUCAUUACAUUCCCGACAUUUAUCAGAGAAAAAAAAUCGCGCUAUAUUAUACAUUCCUUACUUGCAUUGGCCAUACAUUGGCUAUACUUUCCAACAUGUAUUAGUGGCAAGGUGGUGAAGUAGCUCGGUGGCGAAUCGGCAAAGUGGUGAAAAGGGCUAUCGUGGGGAAGGAAGGGAAGUUACUCUUACUCUUCCACCCACAAAAAUAUGUGUGAAAUCUUAAUUGACAAGAACUGAGCACAUCAAAAAUGAGAUUGUGAGAGUACAUAGAUAGAUAGAUAGAUAGAUAGAUAAAAAGUUAGAUGGAUAGAUAGAUAUUUAGUUAGAUAGAUAGAUAGAUAGAUAGAUAGACAGAUAGAUAGAUAGAUAGAUAGAUAAAAAGUUAGAUGGAUAGAUAGAUAUUUAGUUAGAUAGAUAGAUAGAUAGAUACUGAUAGAUAGAUAGAUAGAUAGAUAGAUAGAUAGAUACUGAUAGAUAGAUAGAUAGAUAGUUAGAUAGAUAGAUAGAUACUGAUAGAUAGAUAGAUAGAUAGAUAGAUAGAUAGAUAGAUAGAUAGAUAGAUAGAUAGAUAGAUAGAUAGAUAGAUAGAUAGUUAGAUAGAUAGUUAGAUAGAUAGAUACUGAUAGAUAGAUAGAUAGAUACUGAUAGAUAUAUAUUUAGUUAGAUAGAUAGAUAGAUAGAUACUGAUAGAUAGAUAUUUAGUUAGAUAGAUAGAUAGAUAGAUAGAUAGAUAGAUAGAUAGAUAGAUAGAUAGAUAGAUAGAUAGAUAGAUAGAUAGAUAGAUAGAUAGAUAGAUAGUUAGACAGAUAGAUAGAUAGAUAGGUACAGAUAGAUAGAUAGAUACAGAUAGAUAGAUAGAUAGAUACAGAUAGAUAGAUAGAUAGAUAGAUAGAUACAGAUAGAUAGAUAGAUAGAUAGAUAGUUAGAUAGAUAGAUAUAGAUAGAUAGAUAAAAAUCGAUUAUUUGAGAAGAGAAAGAGAAUGCAAAAUUGGUACAAAGAGAAAUAGAGGAAGAGAGACAGGGAAGAGAAAGAGUACAAUAAAGAAGACGAAUGUAGAAAUGAGAAUCGAAUGGAGGAAGAACAUUUUGUUUCAACUGUAUCCACUUCCUCUGGACCUUACAACGACGUCUGUCUAAACAAGACUACUCUUGACGUCGUUGCUGUGUGUUUGAUGAUGUGUACAUUGUUAGCAGACACAUGCUUCCUUUUUUUCUAUGCUGUGUGUGUUUGUAAUUUGUUUAUUUGGAUGAUAAAACAUCAAGAUAUAUUCCUGAUUUUUUUCUUUCUUUUUGUAACCAACAAAGAUGCUUGUAAAAAUCUAACGUAAUCUCAUUCAGCAAUACAUUAGGCCAUAUUAACAAUUAAAAAACUUCUUUUUUUCACCCUAUUUUUUCAUGCAUUUUUUUUAGCAAAUAACCAAUGUCAGUAUAUAAGAUAAGAUAAGAAAUAAAUGUUAACAUGAUAAACUUUGUACUAACUUAUUUAGAGAAAUUCUUUUCAAGUGACACCAUCAUUCUAUGGUUCCUGCUCAAGCACAUUGAAAUUAGCACCAAUAAGCAUUGUCCUGUCCUAAAAAAAAUAGUAACCAUUUAAUUAUUUGUGAUGCUGUAUUAUCUCAAAAGUAAAAAUUCUUUCUGCUAAUCAGGGGCGGACUGGGUGUCAAAAUUGGCCCGGACAUUUCUAAAGCAUCCGGCCCAUAAAUUGUAUAUUAUAUGAUGGGCAUACAUUUCUAAUCUACUGUGCUCAAAAUCAUUAUGUUAAGUUUGAUAAUGUAUCGAUAAUUGUAUACAUCCACACAGUGAACACUAUAUCUUUAUAAGGAAUAUAGGCAGUAGCCUAGCUAUGGUGGGGGAUGAGGGGGCCCCCUAAUGAAUGUCUUUACAUUAAAUAUUACGCAAAAUGCAGGGGCCCCAAAGAGGUCAAUCCCCCGGGCCCCCAAAUGAUGGAAAAUUCUUAGCUACGCCCCUGAAUACAGGCCUUAUGUUGCUUUUUAAUCACAAAGUGUGUAGGACCUAAAGGGAUGGCGCCUGCUAGCAGCACUGUCAACGGAUGUAGGCUAUUGCAUUAUUUCGAAAAAUAUGUGAGAUUCAAUUAGUAGCGUCUGUAAAAGAUUUUUUUAACAUACUUCGCUCCGAGGGCCUUCAUUAAAAGGAAGACUAAAAAAUAUUUAACAAUUUAAUACGUGCCAUGGUGGCAGUGGCAUUCAUGCUGCCCUUAUCUUAUAAAAUACAGACGUGAUGUCAAAAAAAAAAAUAAAGAUGAUUUUUUUGGUCCUUCCGGCCCAUUAGGAUAUCGGCCCACCGGGCAUUAGCCCGAAUGCCUAUAUAGCCAGUCCACCCCUGCUGCUAAUAACAACAGAAUGUUGGUGUGAAUGAAACGAGAUGAUAUGACUAAAUACCUGUAGAGGCGGUAAGACUGAUAACAUUACCUCGAAGAUUUGUGAUUCCUAACAUAUAAAAUACCUAAUAAAACAUUUAAAUAUAAUUAUAUAUAUAUAUUGCAGUAUUCGGAUAAAAAUAACGACAGGGUACAACUUCCUUGUAGUAAUGGUUGACUCAUGACAACCCAAACAUGGAUCUCUGUCUUGUAAUGAAACAGAUAACUCAAAGCUGGCCGUUUUGGCGCCGCCGUUUUGGCGCCGCCGUUUUGGCGCCAAUGUCGUUUUGGUGCCGCCGUUUUGGCGCGAGGGUCGUUUUGGCGCCGCCGUUUUGGCGCAAGGGACGUUUUGGCACCCUGGUCACAUUCACGGCUCGUUGACUUGCAAAAACGACCUGAAUCGACAUAAAAAUUCCCUUUCAGAAAAUCCCAUCUUAUGUCACUGAUACUGUUUAUAUAGUAAUCAGAAAUAUGUAAAUUAUUCUUUAUAUUCUCCUCAUUGUUAAAGUCAGUCAUUAGUAAAGGCUUUGGAAGUCUGGUAUAUGAAAUUUUCUAAUCCUUGGCUAUCUACAGUAUAUAUCUGAACAUUAAAAAUAAAAAUAAACUUUAUAAAAUCCUAAAAGCUGCUGGUAAAAUCAUUUGAAAAAAAAAACCCAUCUGGGCAGCUGUUUGAGACAAACAUUUAUAAAAAAAAACUAAAAAAAUUAUAGAAAUAAAAAAAAACACUCUUUGGGUCAGAAUUCUGUGAUUUUACCAUCCCAAAAGAGAUAUAAGACACCGAUAGCAAAGAAUAACAGACACAAAACCUCUCUUAUUUCCCCGGCAAUCAAAUCAUUAAAUAGAAACUAUCUGAUAUAAACUUUUCGCAUAUAAAUUAUGAGUGAGUCUGGCAUGAAUGUAUAUUUUGGUUUUCUAUAAUUAUAAUGCUUUGUUUGGUGUAAUGCACAAAUUGUAAGACAAAUUUCUUUAUGGAUAAUAAAGAUUAUUAUUAUUAUUAUUAUUAUUAUUAGAGAGAAAGAGAGAAAGAUAAUAUUGUUCUCUGCCAUCAUGUUUUAUUACGUUGGAUGUAAACGGCGCACUAUUAUCUAUUAUUGGUAUUGACGUCAAAUGAUAACUAUCAAAAGGUAUAACCCGCGUGAAAGUGACGCAGCAAUAAUUUACACUAAACAUAUUUUAAUGUAUAUAGUUAGUGUAAUAUAACUGUAAUAGAGACAGAUGGUGUAGAUGUUUGUAUUUUUUAAAGUAGAAUUAUCUUCUGCACUAUGUAUUUUUAACACUGUUUACUGAUUAUAAAGAAUGAUAACACUAUAUGGCAGUUUUUCAUAAAUCAUUUGUAUCUGUUAUUAUUAUAUAUCAUUUAUAAAGGACAUAUUCUUGGAAAUAUUGUCUCCCGAAAGGACCUCAUUCACCAAAACGAAGGGUCACGUGAUAAUAUUGAUAAAAGAACGGGAAAAAACUGUCACGUGAUAACCAUUGUUGAUUAAAAUUAGAUCGUAAUCUA